AUGACCAUAAACAUUGCCGAGUCGCUCAACGUAAUAUUGCUUGACAAAAGAGAGUAUCUUGUGGCAGCCAUCUUCAAUUCAAUUGCACAUAGGUUUGGAAAAAUAUUCAGGAAGAGGUAUGCAGAGGUGAAGAAUUCAAGGACUAUAUUCGUUCCCGAAGCCGAGAAGAUCUUGAGGAAAAAUAUGACCGAGGGCGACAAAUUAUAUGUGAACAACAUAAAUCGAAGCACCAACGAAUUCACCGUACUUGAUUGUGGUCCUUCCGCCAAAGUUAAUCUAUCAAAAAAGUCAUGUUCUUACACAAAACACGACUUGGUGAAAUUGCCAUGCGCUUAUGCAGUGGCAGGGGUCCAUUUGAAGCACGGGGACGAUUACGUAUCUCUAGAGUCGGAAUGGAGCGUGGCGUGGGAGUAUCUAGAAAUGCAAGUUCUUCCACCCGAUUUCGAUCCCAAACUAGGGAGAAGGAAGGUGAGACGCGUUAAGGGUGUGUUGGAGUCUUCACGUCCCAAGAAAAGGAACAAGUGCUCCAAGUGUAAAAGGCCGGGACAUAAGAAAAAACAUUAUCCUUAA